AUGGAAAUCACACGCAGAACCUUCGCCGAUGCUAUCUUCGAGUUCCUUAGAUAUGGCCCACUGCGCGACACUCUCGCUCCAGGUGACAGAGCCAACACCACUUUGUUCUGGGUAUUGAACCGUAGCGUUGAUGGAAAACCACCCAUAGAGAAGCGAGCCUUGAAAUCUGAGGACGAACUCCCAAAGUACAACUCGAUCCUAAAUCAUUACAACGCUGACAUGGCGCAGAACACAUUCAGUACCCCAUGGUUGACCGAAGGUGAUUUCCACAAGUUGUUCAUAGAUGACAUCAAACCCAUCUACAAUGACUGCAGGGUGCGGCCCUCUUACUUCCCCACAAUACAAAAACUUGUGAAUGCAGGAUACGCCUUUUUAGAUCUUUUGCCUUAUCUAAAGGAUACCCUCUCCAUCGGGGGCUAUGUGUGGAACGAAGACAUAAGGAUGGCCCACCUUAACAAAAUGUGGGAUGAGGGAAAGGGGGAGGUCAAUGCUAGAGCCCAUCCUAUAGCCUGUCAAUCACGGAUGGAAUACCAAAGUCCAUAUCAGACAACUCACCCGAUCGAACAAACGUAUCCGACCAAUGUUUCAUACAAAAGCGGACCAUGCGAGACUAGCUCCUCAGAACAAGUUGGGAUAGUACCGCAAGGUGGACAUGCACUGCAGUUUGAAGCACACCAGGCCUAG